CUGUGUUUGGCGGCGCGGUGCCCGCUGGGAACAGGUCACCAUGGCGGCCCGUGUCCUCUCGGCCUGUGUCCGCCGCCUCCUGCCCCGGCCGCCCCCGGCUGCCCCGCGGCCCGCCGCGCUCAGCAGCCUCUGCCCCCGCCACCCGCGGGCCCCGGCCCCGCCGCAGCCGCAGGUCCGGCCUGGGGCGGCCCGGCGCUGCCCGCCGCUGCUGCCCGGUGUCCUGCGGGCGGGCGGGCCGCCUUGCCGACGCUUCUCCGACAUGCCGCCCCUCACCUUGGACGACAUCAAGGAGCGCGUCCUCUACGUGCUCAAGCUCUACGACAAGAUCGACCCGGAGAAGCUCACAGCUGAGUCCCACUUCAUGAAGGACCUGGGCUUGGACAGCUUGGACCAAGUGGAAAUCAUCAUGGCCAUGGAAGACGAGUUUGGGUUUGAAAUUCCUGAUGGAGAUGCAGAAAAGUUAAUGUGCCCACAGGAAAUAGUAGAUUACAUUGCAGAUAAGAAGGAUGUUUAUGAAUAGAAACAGUUCUUCAAAGGCGGGAGUUGUCUCUGCCACGAGGCCUGGGCUGGUGGCAGCGGGUGUGAAUGUGAACGCACAUGCUGAACUGUUGCUGCUUUCAUCGGAAAGUUGUACUUGGACGUUGUAUUUAAAACUGUCUGAAUCUGUUGUCCUUUAAAAACAAGAAAAAAAAAGGAAUAAAUAUAUAAGACCA